GCAUUUGUUUUGAUCCCGGCGUGUCGUUUCGUCCGCGUGCUACUACAAUUCUCCCGUUAUGAGCUCAGUAAUUCUUCCAACAGCACACAUAAUGUCAUCCGCGGAGAACAAAGUCGAAAAUAGCAGCACCGAAGAAGAGCAGAGAGGGAAGAAAAGAAAGAUGUCUCUUUCCAGUUGUGGUGUUUGUGGAUCAGAGGAGGCCAAGUACAGGUGUCCAGCCUGCCUUACUCAUUCCUGCAGCUUGCCGUGUGUGAAGAAGCACAAGGAAGUUUUAGGAUGCAGUGGCGUUAGAAAUAAAACAGCAUUUGUGACACUGUCACAAUUUGAUGAAAUGACACUUCUCAGUGAUUACAGGUUUCUGGAGGAUACUGGCCGAUUUGCUGAUGGUGCCACCAGAGACAACCUCGUCCAGGCUCCUCGUGUCACUGUCAAAUCUAAGAAACUGGCCUCUAAUGCCAGGAAGAUGAACAUCACCCUGAGAUUCCUCCCCAUCACCUUCUCUAAGAGCAGAGAAAACUCCACCUUCUUCCUUACAAAAGAAAAACUGUUUCUGUGGCACCUGAAGCUCAUAUUUCCUCAGAGCAGUUCAGAGUUCACUCAGAGGAGGGUGUCUGACAAACAAACCUUGAAGCAGAUCUUGACUGCUUAUAUUCACCCUACAGAGUCGGACCCUGUCACACGUCAGAAGUUGAAGAUGUAUGUGCAAGCUCGGUUUGAUCAUGUCAAAGUUUUCAUGAAAGUGGAGGGAAGAAAGGCUAACUCUGUCAGGUAUCAUGAGUUGGACAUUGAGAAGAGCCUGAGGGAUAACCUGAGCUACAAAACACUGAUUGAAUAUCCUGUGCUGCAUGUUGUACUCAAAGAUUACUGGAAGGACUAUCCACUGAAAGGACCAGCUGAACCUGCAUCAGCUUGUGCUCCUUUUGCAACAAAGAAUGACAAGGUGGGCCAAGAGAAGGAAACCGCGACCCCAUUUUCGCCAUCGCCACAAAGAUCUCCCACAACAGGAGAAACCAGCAUCAGCAGAACUGCCCAAGAGAUGGAACCCCCGCCACAGAAAAAGGCAAAGAGAGGAGAUGAGGAUGAGGAGCAAGAGGAGGGAGAGAUCACAGACAGUAGUGAUGAAGACAAUAAAACUAUCCCAUGUGGUAAGAGCUGCGACGAUGCCAAAGAUCCCGCUAAUGACGCGAAAGUGACUAAAGAUGAAGUUCAGUAGAAGUCAGUGGUGGACAGUGUUGUUAUUAAUGAACACAGUGACAGCAGCAGGGAUCAGUGAAUAAAUGAGGGGAUUACUGAAGAAAGUGCGGAGGUCAGCAUGACUAAGGAGGGGGCUCUUAAAGAGCUGACGGCUAUUCUCAUAUCCCUGCCUGUGGAGAUGAAAAUGAGUCAGCUAAUGCUGCUGACAGCUGGGGGAUUGGAAUGACAGUAUCCAGAUACUGAGGCUGUGACGCUGCACACGUCACAGGAAGUCAUCAGUCUUCUGUCAGUUUACUUUAGUCCUUUUUCAGUAUUUGUAUAUAGGUCAUUUUCAGUAGCGAGAAUAAUUGUUAACGAAAUGUAUUAUUAUUUGCACUUAGAAUCAUUUCAGUUUUUAUUUUUAUACUGACUGAUUUCAUAAGUGAAUCACUGAUGAUAUUUAGGAUUUUGAUAUUACUUUAAUUUCAAAGCAAUAUAAAUAUAUAUAUAUGUUAGUAAAAUAAAUGUGCUAAUAACAUCACGUUCUGUUAAAAAUGUUUUGUUAUGAAAUGAAUUUAU